UCUGUUAGUCUGUGAUAUAACCCCUAAAGUUUGGAGAGAAAUAAUGUGUAUAUUUUUACUUCUGUCGUGAUAUUUAAUCCAGUUACCCAAAUUCGGUUAGCAGUUUUGUUAUGUGUGAGAUAUAAAGUAGAAUGAGUUAUUAAUUUGGAUGGAGAAUGUUUUUCUGCUUAGUUAGUAUUUGAAAAUGGAAGAAUAUAAACAUUUCGCAGAACUUCAAUUUGAUAGCGAUGAGGAAGAAAUUCAUUUAUUAAAAAUUCCAAAAGAUAUAGAUCCAAAUGUUUUGCUGCAUGCCAAGCUUGAUCUUACUAAAAAAUCUAAAGUGAAGGCACAAUCUGAAAUUUUUCAUUUAGAGCCUAUUUCUGAUAAGUGUGAACCUACAUACUUCCUAGGACCAAAUGGUUUAAAAAAAGUUGAACCAUCAUCUGUUUUACUGUUGACAAAGUCUGUAUCAAAAAAAAACAUAAAAGGAGGUCUAAAUCACUUUCUGCAAUUGGAAGGAGAAAAUAAAAAGGAGACUGUUGUUCCUAUUGAUUCGAUUAAGAAAAGACAUCCUUUAUUCGGAGAUAAAUACAAAGCAAAGGUUGAAUUACAAGAUGAAAUCAAACAAAAACUAAUGGAAGCAAUUCAUAGCUUUGACAAGAAUGAAAAAAACUCAAAACGAAAGAAAAAGCAAGUAGUGGAUAAUGAAGAAUAUGACGAUAAAAGUCUACUGAUUUCACAAAUAUUACAGACAAAAUUCAAAAGUAAAAAAUCAACAAAUGUAGAAAACACAGAAGACUUGGAUUCAUGUCCUACAACAUCGAGUAACUUCCAAUGUGAAAUAAAUAAUCUGAUGCACAAAAAGAAGAGCAAAAAAAGGAAUAGCAAACAUAAAGGAGAAAAUAGUUUUCAAGAGCACGAUUUUAGUGAGCUGAAAGGUUCUGCUAGUGUUGAAUCCCCCAUUCCAUUGCAGAAGGAGCAUGAAAAUAUUCAUAAAGACAUUAAAAAAGAACUACAGUUAGAUGCACAAAAUUUCGAAGGCAUUCCAAAUAACAAAAAGAAGAAAAAGAAACAUAAUAAAAGUGUAGAAAACACUGAAGAACUUUUGGGUAACUUGCAAUUUGAAAUAGAUAAUGUGGUUCACAAAGAUAGAAAGAAAAAGAAAAGAAAUAGCAAACAUGGUGAAGAAAAUAGUUUUCAAGAAAAAAAUAUUGAAAGUGGGUCUAUGAUUCAUGAUGUCAGUCACCUGAAAGAUUUUGCUAGUGUUGAGUCUCUUAUUCCAUCGACAAGAAAGGUGCAAGAAAAUAUUUAUGCAGAUAUCAAAAAAGAACUGCAAUCUGAUGCAGAAAAUUUGGAAAACAUUCCAAAUAAAAAAAAGAAGAAGAAUGGGAGAAGAGAAAAUGGAAUUAUUUCUGUGAAUAUGAAGGAAGAAACAGUUUCCUACGUAGAAUCCAGUUCUAAGGGUAAGAAAAAAAAACAGGAGAGAGUUUCGGAACAAUCUGCUACCAUUCAACCAGAAAACACAGGAGCAUAUUCAAAUAUUUCUGUCGAUAUCAAAGAGGAAAUUCAGUCUGAUGCGGAAAACCUAGCAUCCAGCUUAAAGGAAAAAACGAAGAAGAAGAAAAAACAUAAAAAUGAAUAUUCUUCUCUCACUGAAUCUUCCAUAUAUUUGGAGAAUAUGUCUAAAGAUAUAAAAAAGGAAUUGCAGUCUGAUCACGAAAAUCUGGAAUCUACCCCGAACGAAAGAAAAAAGAAAAAAAGGCGUAGAGAUUCUGAGGCAUCAUUUCCUUCACUAGAUUUAAAUAAUUCUUUUAUGCCACCUGCAAAAAAGAGAAGACCGUCUUUACUCAGUAGUACAGUGAUAAAAGAUGGUUCUCCUGAAUUUAAACCCAAUUUGAGUGUGAUUCUUGGGAACUAAAUUUUAUGAGAGAAGAAAGAAAUUCCACUGGUCUAUAUAGUCUGCUAGACAGUUGGCAGACUAUGAGUUAUACCCUAAAUCAAUGGAAUUUUUGAUAAUGUACUUGGUGUUGAAUUUAGGACAAUUAUGACUAGUGAAAGUCAUUUUUACUUUGUAAGUAAUGUAAAAAGUUUUGCAAAAUGUGUUCAUUUUCAAUAAUUUCAUAUCAAAAUAUGUUUAUGUAUUGAAAUUGUAAAUAAAAAUUUAUUUCAUUUUUAAGAAGUUCUUUAUUUCAUGGCGCAUUCUAAGGAGAAAUAACGAGAGUUCAUUUAAAUUCGUGGUCAAGAGUGCUGCGGAUUUGAGUUGAUUAUCUGAGAUUACGAGUAGCGCUUAGCUUGUACAAAAUCACUAACAUUUGUUUACAUACUUCGAUUUUGAGAAGAAUAUGGAACAUACUAAGCGUUACUCGCAAUCACAGAUAAUCAUCUCUAAUUUCUCCAUAGUACUCUUGACUUCAAUUUCUUUUUCAUAGUUAAACAUUUUCGUUGAAAAUAUAGGAUGUCGUUUAUUCAUAGAACAAUAAAUCCAUCAACGUAUUUACAUCUUAUACACAAAUAAUUAUAGUAUGAAUUUAAAGAGCUCCAUAACCUGCAGGUAGCGGCAAAACAACAUUAAUAAAAAAAAUAGUUGAAUAUUUGAAGCAAAAAAAUGUGAAUGUUGAAGGAUUCAUAACUGAAGAAGUUAGGGAUGUUGAAGGUUGCAGAUUGGGAUUUGAUAUUCUUACCUUACAAAAUGAAAGGAAAAUCUUCGCCA